GCAGUGCUGAUGAUCCUUUUCACUAAAGUAGCCAUCGCAGCAGCAAGCAGCGCCAAGGACAGCUCCUCUUACUCAACUAACCACUGAACGAAAGAAACCUGCGCUUCUUUGUGCUUGAACUUUACCCGCUUCUCUCCGGAAAAAACAGCACUACCGCCUCCUACCCCCGCUUCUCGCAGGACGAGAAACUUAGCGCCCCGCUCCCUCAGAUAUUAGAUUCCUCCAAAACGCGCCCGAUUGGCUUUUUUUUAAUUUAAGGAUGGCCUCCCCGCCCACCGUACAGUCUCCUGCUGCGAGGAAUUAUGGGGGAUGUAGUCUUGUGUGCUAAAGAGGGGACGUUGGAAGGUAAAGAAACUGCAGCAAGCGGCGUGUGCUUUUUCCUCUUGGCGGAAGUGGACUCAACGUGGUCGUCCGGUAGAAGCUUUGUGAGCCGGAUCCUGCGGCGGAGAAAGAAGCCGGCAGACUCCUUUGAGGCCUGCUUCUCAGCCUCGCGCACCAAGAACGCGGAGCCCAGUCAAAUCUCAGGAAUGUCUACUGCAAAAGAGAAGAAAAGGGCCAAGAAAAUGAAAAACCAGCCUACCAGUGUGACCUUUCCCUUGGACGGUGGGCCUAGCCCUAGUGAAAUACACUUUCGGAAUGGAGGUGAUGGAGCUCCUCAACACAAGAAACAAGAAUUGCAUUUUGAAAACUCACAGCAGAGCUUUUCACGUCAAAAAGCCUCCCAUGAAAUGCCUAAAUAUGUAAUGGUGUCUCCUUUUGUUCAGGCUCGUGCUGCGGAAAUGAAAGCUAUGUUGAAGGCAGUUAAGCAGAAGUCUUCCAAUACCUUAGUGUUUCAGUCUCUUCCUAGACACAUGAGGAGGCGAGCAAUGAGUCACAAUAUUAAACGUCUGCCCAGGCGACUCCGUGAGCUUGCCAGAAUAGAGGCAGAGAAACCUGAACAUCAGAAAAAAGAACUCCCAAAGAGCAAGUGCCGUAAAGCUAGGCGACGUCAUACAAACUUGGUGGUAGAGUUCAAUCGCAGGCAAAGGAAGAACAUCUGGUUGGAAACGCACAUCUGGCAUGCAAAACGGUUUCACAUGGUGAAGAAAUGGGGGUACUGCUUAGGAGAUAGACCCACAACCAAGAGCUAUAGGGCCUGCUACCGGGCCAUGACAAGCCACUGCCUCCUUCAGGAUUUAUCAUAUUACUGUUGUUUGGAGUUGAUUGGAAAAGAGGAAGAACUUCUAACAGCACUUGCUCGAAUGUGUAACGUAGAUGCAGGGCCAACAUUUGCAGCUAUUCCUUGUCUAGCUGGAAAGCGUCAGGGUGCUCUUACAUUGUACCAAAUAGACCGAUAUCCUGAAGAUGCACUUGGUCCAGUUACUUUCAUGUGGAAACCCAGGGAUAAGAUUGAUAGUACUUCUGAAAGCAGACAGCUGUGGAUAUGGAUACAUCCAACCUUUAAGCAGGACAUUCUGGCCGAGUUAAAAAGAGUCUUCCAGUGUUCUGAGCCCACUGAAGUCUGUAAUCCUGAACCAGGUGUAACACAAGAAGAAAAUCAAAAGGAUAUUACUGAAAAUAUUGGCCAGAAAAGGAAGAAGGAAGACAAAGAAGGAGAAAUGGUUGUCCCAGUGAAAAAAAUUAUUGGUGAUGGAACCAGAGAUCCCCACCAGCCCUAUUGCUGGACAUCACAAACUACUGGAACUGUUAUAAGAGAUUUAACAAUGGAGAUCCUCAGAUAUCGGUUGAUUGGUCCCCUCUCGCACUGCGUUCUUACAGAGGCACUUAAAACUGCUUCUGUGCAGACUGAACUGGAUUCUACGGCUUCUGAUAUUAACAGUUGGUGGGCAGAACAUUGCAGAAAUCCUGAUCUGAUGGUGCUUCAUAAUCAUCAAGAAGCCAUCUUUGAACUGUUGCAAGGGUUAGGUUCAUCAGACGUUCCAUCAGGUACUGUACUGGGUUUGACUGUUGGGGAUCCUCGAGUGAAUUUACCCCAAAAGAGAUUGAAAGCCAUGCCAGAUCCAGAAAAAUACAAAGAAGGAGAGAAUGUUAAACAGCUGAUUUUAGAAGGUGUGCCUCCUAAGUGUGCACAGAGCUUUCUCUGGGAUCAGAAUGUCCGCAAGAAUGUCAUAGACAAUAAAAUGCCAGAACAGGACUUGAAUCAUCUAAGAAGCAAACUCUUGGUACCUGGAACACAUCUUGACUUGGGCCCUCAAGAAUCCAAGAUUCCUAUACUCCUUGUUCAGGAACCAGGAAAACUGGCUGGAGAAGAUCGACUAGGAUGGGGAAGUGGCUGGGAUAUUUGCUUGCCCAAAGGUUGGGGCAUGGCUUUUUGGAUGUCUUUUAUAUAUCAAGGUGCCCGAGUUGGUGGAUUACAGGAGGCUCUAAAACAUUCCCUGUAUAAAAGAACACCUCAUAUCCCACACGAUUAUCCAGACUCUCCUGCUGGCAUCCAGUUUGCCAAAGUAUUAGAGAGCAAUCUUCUUGAAACGUUUAAGAGACGUCCUCCUGCAAAAAGAGCAAAUUACGUCAAACAUGGGACCUUGGCACCCUUCCACUGUCCCUGGGAUAAGCUCACCCAGGAUUGGGAGGCCAGAAACAAAGCUAAUGGAAAACAGGUACCCACAUUGGACAGUGAGGCUUACACAACUGAAGAACGAGCUUCUUGUGGCCCCAGCUCUGGAGCAUGCAUGGAGGAAUCUCCUGUGGCCAGCAGAUUAGAUCAGCAAACGGAGACAUGCUCCCAAAACAUGCAGAUGGAAGAAGAGAGAAAAGUGACAGAUCUACACAAGAGAGAUGAAGUUACAUCAAGUAGGGCCUUCUGUGUUCUCAGGAGCAGAAAAUUAUUAAGGCAGGUAUCAGUCUGGUGUCGGUCAACAUCUGGCAGAAACCGAAGGGUACAGCACCUUGCUUCCAAGCUGGAUCUGACUGAGGAUGCCCUCUUGCCUAUCUUUCAACAUUAUCCCAGGGCACUUGUGUGGGUCAGCUUGUCCCUCCUCAAAAAAGGUAGCCCAGAAUUACACACAAUGAUUUUCAUUCCAGCAAAUGAAGAUCUGUUACAGCUCAGCAAAGACCACGACUUCUGUGGUCCUCAGGAACCUAAACACAGUGACAGAUUUAAGAGCAAGAUGUCAAAACGAAAAGGAAGGAAAAAGAGAGAACACAAUGGAAAGGUAACAGGAAGUAGUGCCUCUAAUACUAUGAAUGUCACACCAGCUAAACAUGAAGAUCUAGUUCUGGGCUUAUGGCUUGACCCUCUGCCAGAUCUUACAUCACACUGUUCCAGAGCUCUCUUGGGAUUUGUCACUCAAGGUGACUUCUCAUUGGCCUCUGGCUGUGGUGAAGCUUUAGGGUUUGUUAGUCUGACAGGAUUGCUCCAAAUGUUGAUUGAUCAACCAGCAGACAAGAAAGGUCUUGUGUUGUUAAGAAAUCCAGCAUCACUACAGUACAGAUUUGCUAGGCUUACAGUUGAAGUCUAAGUUGGCUUGAAGUUCAUGUAAAAGUACCAAAGAUGCUUUACUCUGAAACUGUACAGACUUCUUAAUUUAGAAAUUUAAGUUCAAAGCUUCCAAAAAUGUACCUCACCUUUGUUCAUAUGUUAAAUGAAAUAGAUGUAAAAGUUCUUCUGUGUUGUGUUUAAUAUCAAAUAUCUCUUCAGUUGCUCAGAGGCAUAUAUAUUGGUAUUCUGAGUGCUUAUACUUUUUUAAAAAAUAACUGGCAUUUGUUGUAUGUUUACACUUUUCUCUCUUCCUCCCCACCCCCCAAAAAAAUAUAAGGGAUUGCCUCAGCUAAGCAAUUCUCUCUUUCCACCUUGUACAGGACACAUUUCCAGUAAUUCUCCUAUAAGUUGUUGAGGCUGACAAUGGCUUCUUGAGCCUAUGCAUAUAGCAAGUAGAGUUUUAAUUUGCUUUAGGACAGAGCUUUUUCUGAAUAUGACAACAGCAUUCCCUCCCCCAUCCUAUUCAAUUAAUACUGAAAGCAUUGUGUCCAAAUCUGUCCCCAAAGUUGACAAUGAUGUUUUUAAAACAGUGAACUCAUUUGCAUGAAGUGUUGGACCCACCCAUCUUAGCCUCAGCUUUUUUGAACAGAUUAUGGUGUGGAUGUGUGUUGCUUGGGAGAAAAGCCUUCACUGUUGUUGAGAGAGGUUGGUUUGACUUGUCCUUUAAACCAUGCUGUAUUUUAUGAUGAAGUGAAAUCAUGUUACCUUGUUUUAAAUAUGAACUGCAUUGCUUUAAAUGAAAGGUGACACACUAAUAAGUAAAUAUACUGGGACACUUAGAAAGCAAUAAACUUGCUCACAAUGCAAAGUAUUUGUUUUUGAGUUUUUAUCUCACUUACGAAAAUAGCCUAGGUUGUGGAGGAGGGAACUCCACUUUUUCCCUAUGGAGACAUCUGAAAUCAGGGAUGGCCAACCUCUGCCCUUCUUCCAACUCACUUCAGCUCCAAUCAACAUUGGCAAUGGCCAAGGAUGAUGGGACUGGUUGUCCAGCAACAUUUGAAGGGCCACAAAUUCCCACUCCAAUUUAGGGGUAGGGACAUAACUCAGUGAUAGAGCACCUGAUUUGCAUACGG